AUGACACAUGAAAAGCGCGGGAAACCUUCGAAUUCUGCGGGCGCGGGUAAGUUUUCUAAUACUUUUAUGAACGAGCCGCCAGACCCAGGGGGCAUGGUGCCCCCUGCGGGAGCAUUUGUUACAAUUUCCAACGAAUCUGGCAUGGAUUCCGACCAGCUAGUAGAAGAAACAUUUCCUCAAGAUACAAAUACUUGUGAUACUGACUACUUUAAAUCUGUUUUAUUACAAGCUGCCGAUAUUGUUAAGAGAAAGCCACGUAAUAAUAAGUUGUCAUCGCCACCAUGGUGGGAUGAAGAAUGCACCAGUGCUAUAUCUAGGCGGAAUCUUGCUGAGAAGAACUAUCGCAUUAACAUGUCAUUGGAGAAUUAUGACGCGCUGUUGGAGAUAAUGAACGAGGCACGGAAGUUGUUUAAGAAAAAGAAGUUCGAGGGUUGGAGGAAUUUUUGCAGUUCCUUGUCACCCGAAACACAUUCUCAAAGAGAUCCGUUACUGAAUGCUGUUUUCACGCUAAGGAGCCUGUUUUAA